AUGCCUGAAGCCAACUCUUCCAACCAGCUUCCAGCCUACUUCAUCCUACUAGGCAUCCCGGGUCUGGAGAGCUCUUACUUUUACAUCGCCUUCAUCUUCACCAUAGUCUACGUGAUAUCUGUGAUUGGAAACUUGACUCUUCUAUUCAUCAUCGGGAUAGACCGGAGUCUCCAUGAACCCAUGUACUUCUUUCUCUGUAUGUUGUCUGCUAUUGACCUGGUCCUGUCCAACUCCACCACGCCCAAGAUGUUGGGGAUCCUUUGGUCCAACAACCACGAGAUUUACUUUGAGGCCUGCCUCACACAAAUGUUCUUCCUCCAUUCCUUUGCCGUAAUGGAGUCUUCGCUACUCCUAGCCAUGGCCUUUGAUAGGUAUGUUGCCAUUUGUCAGCCCUUAAGGUAUAACUCAAUAUUAACAACAUUUCUCAUUACCAACAUCGGACUGUUGGCCAUCAGUAGAGCUUUAGCUCUAAUGACUCCAUUACCAUUCCUUAUAAAAAGACUACCCUUCUGCUCCACCAAUGUCACCCACCAUUCCUACUGUGAGCACAUGGCUGUUGUGAAGCUGGCAUGCGUUGAUACCACCUUCGACAGCAUCUACGGCCUCGUGUCCCUUUUUAUAGUAGGGCUAGAUGUGAUCUUCAUCAUGUGGUCGUAUGUCCUGAUUCUUCAGGCUGUGUUCCGGCUGGCCUCAACAGAAGCCCGGUAUAAGGCCCUCAGUACAUGUGCAGCUCAUAUCUGCACAAUGAUUUCAUUCUACAUUCCCAUUCUGCUCUCCUCGAUGGUCCACCGCUUCGGGAAAGAUGUCCCACUCCACAUUUACAUCUCGUUGGCCAACGUCUACCUGAUGCUGCCACCUCUGAUUAACCCCAUCGUGUACGGGGUGAGCACCAAAAAAAUUCAGAACAGAGUUAAAUCCGCCAUUAAAGUGGAUUUUACGUGUUUUGGAAGAGUCCAUGCUGCAAAAAUGGAACUUCCAAAAUGGAACCAGACUCAACAUUUUUAA